GAACGUAAAAGAUGUAAUAAAACAUUUUAAAAUAGGUAAGUUUUAUUUUGUACUUUCGUAAUAAACGAAGCCGAAUUAUUAGAAAAUACAAUAAAUGAAGUAGUUAAGAUUAGUUAAAAAGAGAAUGCAAAAAAUAUGUAAAGAUCACUUAAAAUUAGGAAAGUAAUACUCCAUCCGUUCCACAAUGAUAAACUUUCUAGUAUUUUCAAACAUAUUAAGAAAAUACAUUAAACUACCAUAAUAAAUAUAUCGUUUCUUGUAAUUUUCAAUUUUCAAUAACUUUUAAACAUUAGUAAUUCAAUAAAGUCAAUUAAUUUUUUUGAAGUUUACAAUUUUUUCAUAGAAAACACAAAAAAUACAUUUUUCUGAAACAAUUUUUUUUUAAAAAAAAUCUAUCAUUAAAGAACGGAGUGAAUAUUUUAUAUUUCAGUUUUAAUAGAAUAGAUAUACUAUUAGUACAUUUUUCCACUGAUCAGCGGGAACAAAAUAUAUAAAUUAUAUUUAAACCGACGUCUAGACCCAGAAAUGUUAAUUUUCUCUGGCUGGUUCAUUUUUAAUCGAUUCAGCUAAAAUCAAAAUGUUUCAAAUGGGUUUGGUAUUCUAGGCGACUAGGUGGUCGACUUCUAUAGAACCAUGAUGGUAAGCAUAUAUAAACCACGAUAGUUAAUUAAAUUUCAAGAAUGAUGUUGAUCUGAAGCUAACCCAAGAACCAAGAUGAUAGCUUUGACUGUUAAUCAAAGGUUUAGAACUGAGAAUUAAAACACACGUAAUUUGUUUGGCAAUUAAUUGAGAUUGCCUAUUUUUUGUUUUUUCAUUGACUUAAAUAGAUAAAAGUACAAGAAGCAAAUGAUGGAGCCUCAACUUAACUCCUACUAACAAGGAAACAUGGGAAAUGGAAGAGAUGGUUUCCGUAAUAGAGGGAAAGACCAUUUCUCUUCUUAUUUGCAACUGAAACAUAUCUAUAUUAUACUAUAUUAAAAGGGAUAUAUGAGCUCCAUUGAGCCUAUCCACCUCAGCAUGGAAAAUCAUCCAAUAGGAUGAGUUCUUUUUGCCAUGUCAUUCGUUCGCCGUGUCAUUCGUUCAUUCACACAACACACGGACCUCUCCGUUUCGUCUUCCUCCCAUUACACCACUUCUGAUUCUCCUUCGCUUCCAUAUCUAAGUCUCAUAAAGUUCAUUUACUUAUCAUAAAGUCUCAUCUAGCAUCGAGCGAAUCAUCUUUCACGUUUCAAUCGAAUCCACGCGGUGUUUCUGGUUCAGCCUCGAGAUCGAACCGAAAACCGCCGUUGAAGAUCGAGCCGCCGAACAGAACUGAGUGGAUCCAAUUCGCAACCGCAAAUCCCCAGCCAGAGCAGCUUCCCGUACAUGUGUCCGCGGAAGAGAAGAUGCAUUACAGAGGAGUGAGGAUGAGGCCAUGGGUGAAAUUCGCGGCGGAGAUCCGAGAUCCGAACCGUCGGGGAACUAGGGUUUCGCUCGGGACGUUUGACACGGAGAUCGAAGCCGCUAGGGCUUACGACCAAGCAGCGUUUAAACUUCGAGGGUCUAAGGCCAUUGUGAAUUUCCCGCUUGAGGUAGGGACGUGGAAUCAACACGCUGACGUUGGAUAGAACAAACGGAAGCGAGACGGAGAGGAAGAACAUACUUUUACGACAACCCGUUGCACCGGAGAAACCGUUCUCUCCAACCACCACCUUUCCCCGCCGAUCUCGCCGACGUCCAUCGCUCAUCUCGCGAGAAAGCAAACAAUCGAAUCUUUACUUUCUUACUCAACCUAUAUUAAGAGGCUUGAGGUCCGUCAAUUCAUAUAAUGAGAUUAAUAGCCAUUUUAUGUUGUUUGCUAAUAUGAAAAAUGUCUCUUUAGGCAUUACAUCAUCCAUUCACAGCUCCUAGGCCUGAAUAUAUGGAUGACUUACCUUCUGCACGAGCUCUUGCCUAUGACAUGGUCUAUAAUGGCGUCGAGAUUGGUGGAGGAAGUUUAAGGAUAUAUAAGCGGGAUGUCCAAGAAAAGGUUCUAGAGAUCAUUGGCAUCUCAGCUGAAGAGGCUGAAGCAAAGUUUGACUAUCUUCUGGAGGCUCUUGACAUGGGUGCUCCUCCUCAUGGUGGAAUUGCUAAUGGAUUAGAUAGGACGGUAAUGAUGCUGGCAGGUGCGAGUUCCAUAAGGGAUGUAAUAGCUUUCCCAAAGACAACCACUGCGCAAUGUGCACUAACCAGAACUCCCUCGGAAGUCGAUCCAAAGCAGCUCCAAGAUCUCUCCAUCCACACCAACUAAUAGCGAUCUCAUCACAAGCAUCAUUUAUGUCUUUAAUGCUAUGAGAAGAGGAGUAAGUAGAGAUGUGGUAGUGGUAUAUCUCACCUUUACUAACCUGGUUCAUGUGAUUGAUUACACAUGAAACUCAUCACUUGCAUCAAAUUCUCUUUACUUUUUUUGGUUUUGUUUUAUUAUUCUGACAAAGUCUUCUUGCAGACUAAGGUAUUGGUUUAGAGCAAAGGGAAAGCUUUCUGAUGACCAAGCCUUGCAUCGGUAAGUACCUCCACCAUCUACUUCAUAUGUGUAAAUCACCUGAACCAUAGCUAUUAUUCGUUUGGUAACAUCCCUCUCAGCGUCUAAAAAAAGCAACAGUCACUGGAGACGAGUGAACUGAUGGUGUUUAUAGGAUCAUUGAUUGAUAAAUUUAGAUCAUAGUUGAGACUCUUAAAAUAUCAUCAGACUUUUUAAAUAACAUUGACAAAUCUAUAGAAUGUUGUUCUUUCUGAAAGUUGGAUUUAUUUGUGCAUAGCAAAUUGAUAAUCUGACAAGCCACGUUGUUAUACAGAUGUGUUGUGGCAUUUGCUUCGGAUUUGAUAUUUGCAAGUAUCAGUUUGAACCCUCGCCGUAUAGCUGGUGAAUUCUUCUUAUAACAAAUUGCUGACAGAAUUCGUAAGUAAAUAAUAAUAAUUGCAUCUUCCAAUUUCGAAUGAUAAGUCGUAUUGUUCUAAAAAAAUUCAAAAGCCUUGCAAAACUUAAGAUCAAAAGUCUUGAAGGAACGUAAAUUGGAAAUUCCUGAAAACACAAGAACCAUAUAAACGAUGAAAAUAUUUUUUAAAUACAUAACUCAUAUAUCGUUUUGAUAACCUAAUAAAAUAGAAAUUAAAAUAUAUUGUAGUAUAAUUACAUAUAAACUACAAAAUUAAGAAUUUCACUAUAGAUGGGAUGAAGCUGCUCUCGACAAAUCUGAUAAAACUAAAGAAGGUUAGUAAUCAAUUUUUGAAAAAUCAUAGAUUAUUUUUUUCAUUGAAUUAUUUGUAUGCUAUACCAAGAAUCAUAUUUUAGUAUUUGUUUUAACUACAUAUAAUAGAAUUAACUAAAUAUAAAUUAACUAAAC